AUGCCUUCUCAUCAGAUGAAGCACCUGAGCACGACGGGUAUGCAUGAGAUUGAUACCCCCUCGAGCAAGGAGCUUGACGACGCCAACCUGGCACGCAUGGGCAAGCGACCAGUGCUGAAGCGAAACUUUGGGUUGAUGUCCAUGCUGGGGUUCAGUUGUACUAUUCUGAUUACUUGGGAGGGAAUUGUCGUGUUAUUUUUGCAGGCUUAUGCAAAUGGUGGUCCAGCCGGUGCGAUCUACGGCUUUAUCUUCGUCUGGAUCGGCGUUGCAUCGACCUUCGUGGUUCUUUCGGAGUUAGCCUCGAUGGCUCCUACUUCGGGUGGUCAGUACCACUGGUGCUCGAUGCUUGCCCCGCGCUCCAUGAUGAAGCUCUUUAGCUAUCUAACUGGUUGGCUCACCGUUAUUGGGUGGCAAGCGACAUAUGCAACCUCGUGCUAUUUGUGUGGAACUCUCAUCCAGGGACUGAUCGUGCUCACACAAAAUAGCUACCAACCAAAGAACUGGCAUGCGACAUUGCUAUUCUGGGCUGUUGCAGCAUUUUCAGUCGGGAUCAACUCGGUCGGCGGCAAGUUACUACCGAGAUUUGAGGGAUUCAUUCUCAUUCUUCACAUUCUCGGUUUCUUCGCGAUCUUGAUUCCUCUAACUUACAUGGCCGACCAUGGAUCCGCAAAGGAGGUUUUUACUCAGUUCCUGAACAUGGGCGGAUUCCCCUCCCAGGGGCUUUCAUUCUUUGUUGGCAUGGUUGGCUGUAUAUUCGCCUUUGCUGGCGGGGAUGCCGCAGUGCAUAUGUCCGAAGAAAUCACUAAUGCAGCAACAGCCGUUCCUACAUCAAUCAUGCUUAGUGUCCUGAUCAACGGGUCCCUAGGGUUUGGCAUGCUGUUGGCCAUGCUCUUCUGCAUGGGAGAUAUUGGACAGGCCCUCGACGCCCCCACUGGCUACCCAUUCAUGACAAUCUUCUUGCAAGCCACCGGCUCUGUCCCCGGUACCGCGGUGAUGUGCUCUAUUGUUACUACCAUGGGUAUCACUACCUCUGUUGGAAUGCUGGCUUCGGCCUCCCGCCAGUUUUGGUCUUUUGCUCGCGACCGCGGCAUUCCAGGCUGGCGAAUUUGGAGUCGAGUUCAUGGUGGUACCGCGGUUCCUAUCUACUCGGUCCUUCUGACAACUUGUGUUGUGUGUCUCCUUGCCCUCAUCCCUCUCGGGUCAUCGGUUGCCUUCAACGACUUAGUGGCUAUGUCAGUUUCCGGUCUUUAUCUUUCAUACAUGAUGGUCGCUGGUCUCCUCCUAUACCGUCGUUGCACGGGUGGCAUCAGCAAUGCUCGAAGCAGCGACACCGCUGUUGUGAACACUGUCGGUGCGAAGCUCGUUUGGGGCCCAUUUCACCUGCCAGGCAUCUGGGGCAUUUUGGUCAAUACUUUUGCCCUGAUCUAUAUGACCAUUGCUGUUUUCUUCAGCUUCUGGCCUCCAUCAUGGGUUGUGACGGUUCAAACAAUGAACUUUAGUGUAGUGGGAACAUUAGGCGUGAUUCUCCUCAGCCUGAUAUACUACUUUCUUCGGGCGAGAAAGGUGUACAACGGUCCGAUCGUGGAGAUUGACUAG